ACGGCUCUUAUCCAAUAUGGCGGUUGGAUCGGAAUUAAAGAACUCAGCUAGUUAGGAUAGUUUUUUUACUUCCCUGUUAUCAUUGCAUUCACUUAUUCUAAUACCUUCCUCUAAUAGAAGUAUCAGAUAAUAAUGAGAAAAAGGAAAGGAGGUAAGAAAAGCAAAAAGACAGGGAAAACUACUAGUAAAAAUGUUCCCACGAGAAACGUGCUUGUAGACGAUGAGAUAGUUGAAGAAGACGACGAACUUGACCCUGAAGACUUGGAGUAUUUUCAAGAUUCCGACAGGAGUUUUUCUUUUUUGCAACAACUGGAAGCAGAGUAAGUUUUAUAGUGUGAUAGAUUCGUUCGAUGUGUGCGCGUCAGUGAUCAAGGAGAAACGGUAAAGUCCGUUAAUGGAUGAAUCUCCAAGAGACCCUAUCAGCUGGAGUGAUAUAGUAGGUAAUUUUAGCCAUUUGUCCCCUUGAAGUGACUAGCAUGUUAUUUUCCCUUCAGUAUCACCCCUCAACCACACGAUAAGGUCACAAGAACAAAGGAGGUGAUCACCAAUUAGAGGAGUUCUUGAUUUGAAUAUAAGAGAUCCUCGCAGCUGAGAACACGUCUGAACUAGCAGUGGAAUAAGACCUGAAAAAAAUUUUCAGGCUUGUAUGGGAUUUGAACCCAUGACCUCUGUGAUACCGGUGCAGAGAUCAUGGUAUCGCAGAGGUCAUAGGUUCAAAUCCUGUACAGGCCUGAAAAUUUUUUUCAGGUCUUAUUUCUACUACUAGUUCAGUAGUGUUCUUAGCUGUGAGGAUCUCUUAUAUUCGUUUCUUCACCGUAGUGCAAGUAUAUGAAUUUCUUAUAUCUAAAAUCAUGAGUUCUUGAUUGUUAAACAAAUUCUCCUCGUCAGCACCUUAGGAAAUGUGAGGAGGACAAUAUCAAGAAUAUGCAUACUGAUGUUAGGGUGUACACAGUAUAGGGUUGUACACAUUUUGUGCCGGUUUUUUGAUUCACCAGUGUUACUUAGCUCUGGGUAUACAUUGUGCUCAAGACAACAUGAAGCUGAUGGGUUAUUCUGUCCUGGUUUAGAGUUCCGAGUAGUGGAAAGAAAAGGAAAAGAAAGCAAACUGCUAAUGAGGAAAGAGAGGCUGAUUAUGAGAAGAAGCCUAGGACAGCAACACUGGAGCAGGAUCACAUGGAAAGAGCUCUAUUACCAAUCAAAAAUAAAGAUAGCAUUAUACAAAGAAAAGAGAAGAUUCUCAAAACAGGUGCUUGUGCAUGCAUAUUAUUUGAACAGAUCAGUAAGGUACAGUAUUCAUGGCUUACAUAUGACAACUCUGAUUAUCUGACAGGUUCAAUUGUCACAAACAGUGACAUGGUUUCUAAAGGUUAGGGAAGAGUCAGGGAACUCAUAAAUUAAUGAUUGAUUGUUGUCUUACGAUUUAUAGUCAGGCUAUCAAUUGUAUGGAUCAUGAUUAUUCAACUUUGUCCACGCAGUUUGCCAUUGAGUCAGUCUACUUCAAAGCUCAAAACAUCAGCUUUAGAAACUCUUUAUGUUCUUAUCAGUUUAAAGCUUUGACUCCUCCCCCCCAGCAGCUCAUGGACUUUUGAUCCUUGUGCAUGCCCAACAGGUGGGGAAUUGGAACUUUGUCUGGUUGGGGUAGGAAAUUUGAAUUGGUAGUAUCAAGUCUUUACAGCAGAAUACAAGUUUUGUAUCUUUAAAUUUUAAGGUGUUUAAGUUAAAUAGUUUAUUUUCACAAGCAAAUGGUUCAGAAGAAGAGGUCUUAAAGAUAUUAGUUUUAAAACUUGGUCAAUGUGUAGAAGGUCAUGCUUGCUGAUCUUGCCUUUUUUGAAAAAUACGCAUGGGGCAUUUGAACACAAAUUUUACCCUGGGGACAGGAAAACCAAAUCAACUUGAAUGAUAACUGUCUCUUCUUCCUAUCUACAGUAGCCCUUACCCUAAUGAUCUUUACUACCUUAGUAGACCUACCUUUGGCAUUUUUGGGGGUACUUAUAACUCUAUCCAUAGUUCUAAUUGUUAAUCCCUUUUUUCUCACUAAUUAUGUUUUUUCUUAUUCAAAAAUCGACAAAAAUUAAAUUUGAACCAUGCAUCAUAUUGAGCCAAAACUUGUGUACAGUACUUGUACUUGCCUCUACCUGUAGGUAAAAAAGUAAAGUUUUACUUUUCAAAAUUUAUCUUGGCCUGUGAAAUUGUAUUGCAGAUCAUUCUCUUCAAAAUGGGGAUGUAGAUUCAGAAGAACAAGCUUCAGAAGUGUCACCAGUCCCUUCAGCUCCUCCACCUGUUUUAAGUAUGGUUGAACUCUUUAAUCAAAGACGACAGAAGCUUAUCCAAAGAAAACUUAGGAUUGCUGAGUUGUCAAACACCAUUCUGGAAAACCCUGAAAGCAGUGUAAGUACUCCUCUGGUUGUGAGAGAUUUUACACCAAGACACCAAGACCCACAAAUGUUUCUGUUGAAUUGAUGGUGUGAAUUUAGCAGUUGCUUUCACUAAGGAAUUAUUACAGUUAUAAUAAAUAGAAAUCCUUAAUAAUUAGCACUGUCAUUCAAAAGAAUCUUAGGGUCUGGAAUGCAGAAUGAUGGAUGAAGUAAAUUGUAUAUUAAGUUACAGGUUUUCAUCAGUGCUCUAGUUUUAAAGGCGAUUUCAAUUCAGAGCUAAUUUUUGGCCAAAUUCUUUCAUAAUUGUUUAUCAAUAAUGGUUCAAAUUUUCAUUAAAAGGAAAAUGAAAGUUUUAAAUCUUUUCUUUCCUUAAACUGCAAAAAAAAAAAAAUAUGAAUAAAACUGACCCAUAUUGUUUUUGACAUGCAUCAGCCAUUUAUUGCCUUUCCCUGUAACUACAUGUAGGAACAGUGUCCAAAACCUGUCAGACAUGGAGGGAGAUACAUGUUUCUUGCAAAUCUUUUUUUCUUGGUUUCUAUUUUGAAAUUCAGAUCCUUCUGUUUCUCUUUGAAAAACCUGAGCAUUAUGUUACAGCUUGGGCCUAAAAUUCAUAAAGUGAAAGGUAUUUUAAGUUAAUCACUUGACUCAAGACUGUAUCUUGAGUUGUUGGGUUUAGCAGCUAGCAAAAGAAUGGCAAAGGCAAGGUCAUUAUGCUGCCAGGUUUAACAUUAAAAUCAUGGGUGACAGAAAUGACAAAGAAUCCUAGGAAAGCACUUAAUAUCAUGACAAUUACUUGCACCAAUCUUAAAACUCAACAGUGAAAUGUUUAUUCUCAAUUUUUAUGUAAGGUAUCAGAGCUUCAGGAACUCUGUUCCAUGUGUAAUGAAAAAGAGGCAGACAUCAGAAUAACAACCAAAAAGCUGGCAAUGGUUUCUUUAUUAACAGUGUUCAAAGAUAUCAUACCUGGGUGAGUUCACAUUGUACAUGUAGAUAACAGUUUUAUAGUAAAGAAGAUGUGUUAAUGUGGGACAACGAAAAACUUAAUUCCCCAGUGGAUUUUAAUUACAUUUAUCAAAAUGUGAUUGUUAAUUAAUUCUUAAGUUACAGGUAUAUUUAAGUUUGAUAACUUUGCAGUGUUCUCUUGAAGCCCCACUGGCUUGCACUUUGCCUGGCUACCUAUUUCUUAAAUGCUAGUUACUUAAACUAGACAAAACAGUUAAGUACAUGUCUUGAUCUCAGAAAGAUUUCAACUUUUGCUGCCUACUUUUUUUCAAAUGGCUGGCCACUUAACAAUUUCUAAAAGACACUGAGCUUUGACAUGUACUGUGCAAGGAGUGUUUUGUUAAUUUAUGGUUUGUGAUUUUAAUUCAGAUAUCCAAUUCGGACAGCUUCACAGAAAGAGCAAGAUGUGAAGGUUGGUUAACGUGUCCACUUGAAAAGCGAUGAACUGAAUCUAAUUCAAAUUUUAUCAAAAGUUUUAAUCUUGCAGAUAUAUCUGCAAAAAUCAAAAAGUCAGCAUAUUAUUUCUGAAAGAAGCCUCUAUAAUCUCACAUAAACAUGAAGAUUUCAUUUAUUGUUUACAGAUAUUUAAAUAGUGAAUACACUUCUGUGCUGCAGAUCAUUAGUAAGCACCAAUCAAACUGCAUGUAUAAUUAAGUUUAUUAUAUAACAUGUUUGUUAUGUGACAUACAAUACUGUUGUUGCAUUGAGAUGGUUAUCAGUUAAAGCCAUUUUUUCUUUUUCAUUUCUUUCUCUGAUGAUAUUUACAUUUUUAUUUUUCAGCUAUCCAAAGAGGUGAAAAAACUGAGAGGUUAUGAGGAAGGGCUGUUAAAAAACUAUCAAAAAUACCUACAGAUUUUGGAAGAAACUGUACAAGGUAGAAUUAUAUUGACCUAUGACAAACUGUAUUGUUUACAUAACUACACAUGAGCGUUUUUGUGAAAUUUGCCAUACUCAGUACUCCUAACUUUGCCUUCUUUUUUGCUUUGUUCUUUUGAAUUCUUCAGAGUGUGUUAAAACUCAGAAAAUAAGUUCUAAAAAUGGAUUGGUGGACAAAAAAACUUCAUCUGAGGUAUGGCUAAGUGAGAACAAUGUUUUUUCUCACAUACAUUUACCAUUUGCAACUUAACAUGUGGUUCUACUUUUCAUCAAUGUGUUUUUUACUUUGCCAGUGCUUCUAACAGAACUUGUUUUUAUUUUUGCUUGUACAUAUACAGUAUUUCUCAGAAAUACUUUAACCCUGUUACUCACAAGUUCUUAUUGUUAAUUCUCCUCUCUAGCUGCAACACAUCUCCUUGUUAAUAUGUUAAAAUAAUUUAGUGUUUGAUCAAGAUAACAACUUCUACCUGAUAAGUUCUAAUAUUUUCAUUACUUGUUUGCUGGAUAAUGCAUGAGAGUUAAAUGGUUAAGAAAUAAAAGGUACGUAGUAACUGUGUUAAUGGAGGCAUAUGUGAAUAUGAAUGUACGUGUAGUGUAUUGCACGUAUAAAUAUAGGGAAGAUGUGUAUAGCGAAAAUUAUAGGUCGUGCACACAUAAAUUUAUGAGCUAAUAAAUUUCACAUAUGCACAUGUGCAUACAAUUAUGUAUGCAUCUGUGUGAGCUAGGUCAUUGUUUUUCCACUGUUGAUGGGUAACUUGUUCUAAAGAAUAGAAUGACAGCGCUAAAAUACUAUACAACUAUGAACUACAUGUACACGUAGAAUAGUCAGUUUCAUUCACCACUUCCUGAUACCCUGUUGAGAUGGUAUUGCUGUGAGAUGAGUUUAGGUUCUGCUGAUCUUUGCAUGUAUUUCCUUUGAAAUGUGUUUUAAUGUUAUUACUGAUACAUGUGUAUAUUCAAUGUGUUAUAAAUAUAUAUUUGUCAAACAUAACAUUACCUGUUUUCUUGGGAUAUGAUGUUAUACGUGUUUCCUCUUGAUGUUAAAAAUUGUAUUUGCGUUCGACUGUGAUGUGUUGCUGUAUGAAAGUGAAGAUUUGAUUCGACUGAAGGCUGUAGAUUUUUUUUCCUUUGGUGCAGUGACUUUAAUUGAAGUCAAUGUGCACAGAUAAAUUUGUCACCUAAAUCCAAUUCUUUCUUUUUUUCAGAGUUUGAUGCUUGUAACAGUCCAGUGUAUGUGUGAUCUCCUAACAUCUGUGCCCCACUUCAAUUUCCACACGAACCUUAUUGCAGUACUUGUACCUAGAAUGAAUGAAAAAUCUCUUGAUGGCAAGGUUAGGCAACAUAAAUUAUUUAUUAUGAACAUUGUGAUAAUAGUUUUUUUUCGUAUCAAUAUGAAUUAAUCUAGUUGUGUCAGAGACAAGUUUAAGCAUUUCUACGCAUGAGGUUUCUAACAAUCAGUUUUAUAAUUAGCUAAAACACCAUGAAAAGUCAAGAAAGGUUGUGGACGGGCAAAACUGAAGGAUAUUGAUGGAAUGUACUGUAGUUGGGCAAUCUGGAAUUGUGCUAAAUGGGAUAUUAUUAUUACUGCUUGGAAACAAAUCCUUGUUGUGUAUGUGCCACAUGUUUUGUCUGUAAACUACAUAUUGUAAAAGCUGAUAAACAGGUGAAUAAAAUUUCCCUAAAAUGCAGUGACCUAAAGAUAAAAAUGUAUGCAGUCCUCCUCAAAAUCAGCUACAAUAAACAGAUUUCUUUAGUAAAAUUGAUCAAAUCAAUAAUGAUUUACAUGUGUAUUCCUUUCUCAGAUUUCAAAGUUAUGCUGCAAUGCUUUUAUUUCAUUGUUUAAACAAGAUUCAGUAGGAACUGUUUCACUUGAGGUAUUCUUGCAUGAUUAUCAUGAGGUGUAAACAUGUACGUGGUAUGGGAUUUGAUUUGGGCCAAUUUUGUGGGUUGUCCCUCAUGCUAAAAUUAAAGUUCCUGCAGGAAUAUAUCCCACUGAAUAAAAUGCUGCGAAACUUUACCUUGUUUAAUUAGAUAAGACACCAGGGUAUAGGUAGGGUGGGAGAGUGGGGUAGGAGGGUAGGGUUGAAGGGUAGGGUGGAAGAGUAGGGUGGGAGGGUAGGGUUGAAGGGAAGGUGGAAGGGAAGGGUGGGAGGGAAGGGUAGAAGGGUAGGUUGGGAGGGUAGGGUGGAAGAGUAAGGUGGGAGGGCAGGGUGGGAGGGCAGAGCAGAGUAUUUGUUUGGAUUUGUUGUAAAUGCUUUGAACAGAAGGUAUUAUCUGUACCUUCUGGAAAUAUCAACAAUUCAGUAAAAAAUCUUAAAUAAUUUCAAUGGGCAAAUUGAAGCUAUUAGACAGUGUUACUGUAAAACCCCCAGCAAUGCUGUCUCAAUGGAAAGUCCCAUGAACAAUUACACACAUACAAGGCUCUUUAAAUUCUUGUGCAAGAAUUCUUUGGAAUAAAUAUACAAAUAUACUUGUUUGUACAUUACAAUGUACAUUGUUAUAGAACUUUGUCUAACUUUGUGUUAACUAAAUUUUGCUAGGCUGUCCGCGUGAUCAGUAAAUUUGUAAAAAGUAAAGGAUUUAGAGUUCAACCUGGUGUAAGUACAAGUAAUUGAACUUAAAUUUGUAGCUACAUUUAUAUAACAAUUAUCAGCCGGUUUCCUUCCCUCACAGCUACACCCCUUUAGUCCCUUUCUCCUGUGGCUACACCCUUGGACCCCCUUUCCCCCUGUAGCAACACCUUUUGAACCCUUCCUCCUAUAGGUAUACCCUUGGAUUUCCUUCUUCCCAUAACUAAACUCUUGGGGCCCCUUUCCCCCACAGCUACAUCCUUGGACCCCCUUUCCAUUGUAGCGACAUCCUUGGACCUCCUUUCUAGGGUAGCAACACCCACAGACUCCCUAGACCCUAUAGCUGCACCCUUGGACCCCCUUUCCAUUGUAGCGACACCCUUGGACCCCUUUCACCCCUUUCCCUACACACAUAAACUUCUCUCCCUCAUAUCACUUUUACCCCUCAAUUUCAGCCACCAUCUGGUUGUACACUUUGAACCUCUCCAAUCCUUAGUUACAGUUGCACCUUUUCAACCUUCCCCUCCCUAGCUACAACCUUGGAACCCCUUACUCCAUAACUACACCUCUGAACCGCAUUUUGAUUAAUACCUUAGCUACCUUCUGCUGUCUUAAGUGCAUUAACAACGGAUGUAUCAUCAUUAUGAAACCCCACUUACUUGAAAAAAAAGAAAAAGACACUGAAAAAUAUUCAUUUCAAUGUUAAGUGUAGAAUCAUUAUUUAACACAUUUUUGGGUGUUUCAUUAUUUAAGCUAAAAGAAGAAAGAUAGUGAGCUUAAUUGGACUAUGUUAUAAUUGUGUUAAGAUUGGUCUUGAAAGGGAAAGUGUGUUCCUCCAUUAAUUAAUGUGAAGACUUUUCCUUUCCAAUGCAGGUUUUAGAAACACUACUUCAUUUGAGAAUUAGUCAGGUAGAUAUCCAGUCGCUUAAACAGCACAAUGAGAAGAAAUCAGCAGUCGAACUGAAAAUUGAGAAAAACAAGAAUAGAAUGGAGAAGAAGUUAAAAGGAAAGAUUUCAAAGAAAGAGAAAAAGGUGCGUGCAAUUCAAUUUUUUUUUUCCCCAAGUGAUGUGUUUGUUGUAGUGACUUAGAGAAAAAACACUUCACUUUGACAUGUAUUUGUUCAGUAGUAGCCCACAGAAGAUGUUAAAGGUGGCAAGAGUAUUGGUGACACGCUUGUCUGCCUGUGCCUUUGUGCCCCUUUUUUUUCAACAAUCAUUGUGAUGCAUAUCUGAAAUGACUCAGGGCGAAAUGGAUGCUAUAUGUUUGAUAAGAAAAAAAAAAAAAAAAAGGACCCUAUAUGACGUCAUCUUUGCGUCUUGUGUCUCAUACAUGCGUCAGGAUCAUUAACGAACACCAUAUGGGAUCAUUGGGAUGUAAUCUGAGAACAAUUCAGCACAGAUGCCAUGUAUUUUUGCUAUGAUAUAACAAAUGUUUACAACACGUUCUUUACGUGUAGAGAAAGAGAGAGAUGAAAAAGUUAGAGAAAGAAAUGCAAGAAACUGAAGCUGUUGAAAGUCAACAGAAACGAGCCAAGUUGGUAAGUGUGAAGUUUGCUUUGUCUUCCUUGACCUAACAAUCGUGGGGAACAUAUCGCAAAGUUGGUUAUCCAUGUAAAGUAAUGACAUUGUGAAAAAAAAAACGGAUUUUUCAAGCAUGAGCCCCUUGUUGUAGUCAUUGCAGAGUUCUAUCUGUUGAAGCCAUGAAAUCGAAAUCUUCCCGGUGACAAUACACAAAAGUCUCAGUAGAUACUAGAUUUCGAGUUUCUUUGAUUUUUCCGCCUCGGUCUCGCUAUAAAUACUUGUUCUAUUGUGAUGUCCAGCCACAUCAGUUGUUUUUAACGAUAACCUUUCCAUAUUUGUUUCCCGCUCUUUUUUCUUUUGCAUACUUCAAAGUCCUAGUAAUGCGAAGUUGAACAAGAUCAUUAAGGUAUAAAAUUUUUAUACCUCUUUUCUCCUUUAACAGCAAACAGAGAUCCUCAAGUUCGUGUUUGUGACGUAUUUCCGAGUAUUAAAGACAGUUGGACACUCGCCAGUCUUAUCCCCUGUACUCGAGGGACUCGCCAAGUUUGCGCACCUUAUCAAUGUGGACUUUUUUAAUGAUCUUAUGGGAGCUCUUCAUACACUUCUAAACAACAAGGUACUUUACUUUACUUGUCAGGGUAAACAAGCUGUUUGCAUAAUCUUUCUCGCACAUUUUCUCUCGCGAUUUUGAGAGUCGAUUUUACUCAAAAAUUAGUUCAAAUGAUAGAGUUUGUUAUUUUCAGUCAGUGUUUGUCUUCUCCAUCCUUAAUAGCUCUUUACAUAUUUGGUGCUUGUCCAUCUUUAACAUUCCUAUGAAGGCGACCUUUAUGACCUCAAAAUAACGAGAGAAGUUUGAUUUAGAAGCUUAAAACUACCAUUGUAUCCAUUUUAAAGGCAGAUGGUGUUUCUAAUUUGAACAAUGCGUGAGGCUUGCUCCAAUUAAAACCAAUAUGUGAGCCAGAUGAAACCUUCCGAGCAAUUUGGAAGAAUUUUUCUGCCUGGUCAGGCUUUCCCGAAAGUUUCCGGAAAAAAAAAUUAAAUUGUAACCCGAUUUCUGCCUGUUCGACUUGCUGAAUAACGAAGGAAAUGUAAACUGAUAUUUAAGAAUCAAGAAUUGAAUAGAAUUUGAUGGGGUAUCUGAUAAUUCAGCUUAAAAAAAAAUGCAUUUUCAGAAUCGUGCAGAUAAUAUGCCAAAAUUUUUGCAGUUGUAGUUGUGAUAACAGCUCCCGAAAUCUUUGAUUCUUCCACUUCAGGAACUCACUCUGAGGGAAACUCUCAACUGUGUACUCACUGCUUUUAAAAUUCUAUCAGGCCAAGGCAAGUAGAUCGCUUUUAGUUUUUCUCUUUUUUUGUUUUUACUCAGUGGCUUUUGUUAGCACCAUUUUGAAGUUAUUUCUCGUUCUGUUUUGACACUACUCCUUAUGAACUUUUUUUCCUCACUUCAGGGGAAGCUCUGAACAUUGAUCCUCGAGAGUUCUACAGAAUGUUGUACUCGUCACUUCUGCAAAUUCAUGCAGGUAAGAGCUUAGGGAAUUGAGUUACUUCUCAUUUUGCUGGAGCAGUACAUCGCUCUCUAAUUGGCUUCAUUGGUGUAGAGUGAUAGUUCAUGUGUGUUUAUAACUACAAUCUAAUAAUGCUGUUGUUGAGCCUGAAGCUUUGUAACCCGCGAGGAACUUACGAAUCACGAUCACUUUUCACAACAAAACCUACCAAUUACCGGUAGCUGUGACGUGAGAUUAGCCUUACACUUUGUUACCAGAGGAAGGGGGGGAGGGGGCAUUUAUUGUCGUUUGGCGUAAUUGAGGGCAAAGAGAAUGAAGGGAGGGGGAUACAGCUACCACCGCUUUUCGUGCGUUUUUUCAAAAUGUUGUUGGACUAUAUUACCCACUCAAAUAAUCACACCAAAGGAAUAACUCGACGGGGUCUUUUUCGGAAAGAACAGAAGCUGGAAUGCUUUCUUACUGUUUUCAAUUUUGGCUUAUUUUUUUCGUAUUUCUUUUUUAUAUAUGUGUAUAUUCUUGGUUUUUUCCAUGCAAGGCGGUAGCAGUCAAGAUGUACCAGUAGCACUGCAGUGUCUGGAGGAAAUGCUAAAGAAGCGACGCAAGCAGGUAAUUAGUUGUAUUUAUCAAAACGUUACAUAUAAAUGUUUCUGGGAUAGUCUGUUUGCGCAGUAAGGCUAAUUAAGCAAUCCGUUGCUUGUAAUGGCUUAGAAACAAUUUUUUUAUUGACAUAUCAAAAUUUGACCGAUUGGUUGACUGUUUGAUUGAUUGAUCAAUUGACGUUUUCUAAUUACCACAGCAAUUUGGGUAGAUAACUCAGGGUAACUUUUUAAUUUUUUCCUUUUUUUGCGGCUUUACAGGUUCCUACUCAGCGGGUGGCUGGAUUUGUGAAGCGCCUCUGUACAGUAAGCUUACAGUCUGAAGCCAACAGUUCAAUGGCUUUUCUCGCCUACGUUAAGUCAUUUCUUCAGGUAACACACAAAUACCGUCGCUUUUGAUUUAUAUUUCGUCAUUGUCGUUAUAGAGUAAUAUGUAAUCCUUUUAUGAUCUAGAAGAAUAAAAUUUCUUCACGGACGUGAGGUGUCUGUUCCUUAUGCUAGGAUCGUUACGAUCAUGACUAUCAAAGUUCAGGCUGUGGCCAUGUGCUUCAUGUAGACGCCCUCGAAAGAGAGCUGUUUUCUGUUCCCUGAAGAACAUUGUUUUGUUAUGAAAGUGAAUAUUCUUUGUUUUAUAUUUCAUUGAUGUGUCUACCACCAUUACUCUGUUAAAAAACAACUAGGAAACGUGGAAAAGUUAUUACCCACAUAGCUAGUUUUUUUUUUUUUUAAUAUGCGGCCCUCUCAACGAUUUUGAAUUUUUCUACUGGUAUUGUUUCCAGUCCCACACAAAAGCGCAAGCCCUACUUGACAGUGAAAGCAUGGGCACUGGUGUGUUUAGACCUGACGUAAAUGACCCAGAGCUCAGCAAUGCAGACAGCACGACCGUUUGGGAAUUGGCUUUGUUGGGAACUGGGCACUUCCAUCCAGCUGUUCGCUCGGUGGCCCAUCAUGUUGCGGAAGGAGCGCCAAGUAAAGUCUCCGGCUCUUCAAUGAUGAGGAUGUGAGUAAUAUAUAUUUAUGUAUUUUUUAAUUCUUUUCCGAAAGUUUAGUUUAAAAUUCCACAAGAGAUGGCCUCCUGCAAAGUGGACAUGUUUUACUGAUGAGUGAGCGAAUGUUAUAGUAACUGCUGCUUUGAGAAUGGUGCUCGAUUGCUGGAAAAAGCAUAUAGCCCUGAAAAGCAACAGCUUUACGAAAGGCCGGUACGUUAUACUUGAGCAGUAUGUCAGUUUCCGUUCACAACCCACACACCAUCCCUCAUUUAAUGAAUUAAUAAGGUAGCAAAACAGGUAACUGCAUUUUACAUCUCCUCUCCUUAGGUAUGAUAUUCCUUUAUCUACUAAUCCAGCUUUUUUAUACUCUUGCUGUUAACUCCGGUUUCGUAAGCCAGCAGCUGUCCGUUUACAGAAAAUUGUGUGCAUUCUGGGUCUGAAAAACGCAAUGUAGUCUUGAUGACCAUGCGGACCAGGUCUUCUCGAUAUAGAGUCUUUUGCACCAAUUAUUAGACCUUAGAGGGGUAAGGAUCUUCUAUUGGUUUCGACGCCAUCUUUAUGGGUAGGAAAACGCGUCAGAAAGAAGAGUUUUUGUGUGGACCAGACUUUUGAAAACCUUGAAUACUUGACAGUGAAAAAAUUCAACCAGUUAAUUCCAGUACAGGGAGGGUUCUCAAAUUUGAUCAAUAGUAUCCGUCGGCUAGUAUCUGAAGUUCACGAUCUCUGCAUAUUUCAGGAUUGAAGGUUUUCACAGUAUGUUUCACGUAGACAUCUAAUAAAAAGUAACUUCGUUUUUGGCGUGUAUGUCUACCCGUGUUCAUAAUCUCUGUAACUGUGGUGACGCUCAGUUACUAGAUACAUUGUGUAUGUUAAAUUGUAACGUAGCCUUUUAAAAUAAUGAGUUCAUUCGGUGUCUUUCCGUAGGUCACCCAACGAUUUCUGGACAAAAUAUGACCCAUCCGAUAUGAAACUUAAUCCUGAUUUAAAAGAGAGUGCACUGAACAGGAAAGGAAUCAACUUAAAAAGAAUAAAACACAUGGAAAAUGAAGAAUUAAAAAACUAUGAUAUGGUAUCAGCGGUAAAAGAAGCGCUGGACUUUACUGAAGCUAGUUGUGGAUUAGAAUUCUCUUUACCAAAGUUUAACGCCGACAGGUAG